AUGCCCAACUUCGCGCUCUUCGUUACUGCGACCAACGCUUCGCCCAAGACACUCAAUGCAGCUCUCCGGAUAAUGCGCGACAGCGACGAGGCUUUCUUCGCUGAAACCAACUUUGUUGUGCUUAUCACAGGUCCUUCCGACGAAGUAAGAGACGAGCACAUCAACGCUCUCCCCGCAACGGCCAUACCACUCCCCGUCGAGAACGGCCUGCAUGCAGAUUCCAAUGCUUGGGCGGGACAGAGCUUGGUAGCCGUCAACGCCUUCAUGCGCGCCAACGACCACGCUCCUGGCGACAAGUAUCUUGUGUCUGACGAGCACGCCGACGGCUAUUACCCGUACAACCGCUGGGAAGACCGCGGGAUUGAUCCCGGGCUCUGGCUUGUCCUCGACAACAAAGGGCUUGAAAGCGCUACAUGCCUGGUUUGCUGCCGUGUCUAUCGCGAGGGGGAGGAGGGAGACGGCUCGGGCAGCGGGCUCGGGGAAGGUAUGACAAAUGAGUUCGAGGCAGCACAGAUGCACUGGGGUGAUGUCUUCGGGAUGCUUCUCCAGCUUAGUGUCGGAAACCUGGGUUUUGAGGACUUUGUUCUUAACAGAAGUGAAGAGCAGCAAGGCGAAGAGCAAAAUGUCUGGCAGGGCCGCCCAGAUAAUGUUCUUUCACCAGAAGAGCGGGACAACAUCCUGCGCGACUGGAAGGAGGCUGGCUAUGUUGACUGA